GCUCGGACAGAGGACGCACCUAAACACCAAGGACAGACCGAGCAGAGGGGCUCCUCCGGCCGCAGCAGCGCGUCCGAACCCUCGGUCCUGCAGAUCCGGAGGUGUCGGAGCUGAAGCUCCGCAGAGGCGCUGCUGAAGCUCGCGGGAACCAUCAUUACAAAACGAGCAGGUGAAAAAAAAAGUUUGUACCAUGCCCCUCUGAGAGAGCGCAGAUUUUUUCUUUAAAAAAAGAGUCACUUCUCCAGGAUGUCCAGCUCCCAAAGAGACGGUGGAGCCCCCACGAACCCAGCAGAAGCCAAGAAAUCAGACCUGAGACUGAAYGAGAAGAAGUGCUCGUGGGCUUCCUACAUGACAAACUCUCCAACGGUGAUCGUGAUGAUUGGCCUGCCGGCGAGAGGAAAAACCUACAUGUCCAAGAAACUCACCCGCUAUCUCAACUGGAUAGGAGUCCCGACCAAAGUUUUUAACCUGGGCGUGUACCGCAGAGAGGCAGUCAGAGCUUAUAAAUCCUAUGACUUCUUYCGCCACGACAACGAGGAGGCCAUGAAAAUAAGAAAGCAGUGUGCUCUGGUCGCUCUGCAGGAUGUGAAGGAGUACCUGACAGAGGAGGGCGGUCAAAUUGCAGUUUUUGAUGCAACAAACACAACAAGAGAGCGACGGGAUCUUAUUCAGGAGUUUGUGAUGGAGAACGCCUUCAAGGUGUUCUUUGUUGAGUCGGUGUGUGACGAUCCAGAGGUCAUCGCUGCAAAUAUUCUGGAAGUAAAAGUGUCCAGUCCAGACUACCCUGAGAAGCACAGAGAGAGGGUAAUGGAGGACUUCUUGAAACGCAUCGAGUGCUACAUGGUCACUUAUCAGCCGUUGGACCCCGAUGACUACGACAAGGACCUCUCUUUUAUCAAGGUGAUCAACGUGGGACAGCGUUUUCUGGUGAACCGGGUGCAGGACUACAUUCAGAGCAAGAUCGUGUACUACCUCAUGAACAUCCACGUGCACUCCCACUCCAUCUACCUGUGUCGACACGGGGAGAGCAACCACAACGUCCAGGGACGCAUCGGAGGAGACUCUGAGCUCUCUCCUCGGGGGAAACAGUUCGCCCACGCUCUGCGGGAUUUUAUUGACGAGCACAGGCUGUCGGACCUGAAGGUGUGGACGAGCCAGCUGAGGAGGACCAUCCAGACAGCUGAAGAACUCGGGGUGCCGUAUGAGCAGUGGAAAAUCCUCAAUGAGAUCGAUGCUGGUGUGUGUGAGGAGAUGACCUAUCAGAUGAUACAAGAGACUUUCCCAGAGGAGUUUGCUCUGAGAGACCAGGACAAAUACCACUACCGUUACCCAGGAGGAGAGAAAUUGCCUUGUGUUGUCCCAUCAGUCCUACCAGGAUCUUGUUCAGCGUUUAGAGCCGGUAAUCAUGGAGCUGGAGAGGCAGGGCAACGUGUUGGUUAUCUGCCACCAGGCUGUGAUGCGUUGCCUCCUGGCCUACUUCCUGGACAAGGGUGCAGAUCUCACAAGAAGCCAAUCAAACCCACUGCUCUUCACUCCACAGAAGAUCUUCCRUACAUGAAAUGUCCCCUGCACGCCGUGCUCAAGCUCACUCCUGUGGCGUACGGUUGUAAAGUGGAAAUGUUUUACCUGAAUGUGGAGGCCGUGAACACUCAUCGAGAUCGGCCACUUGGGAACAUUCCAAGGGGCUCGGCUCUCAUACAUCGCCGGAAUAGUUACACCCCCUUGUCCAGUCACGACCAGGUCAAGCGGCCCAGGCUCUACAGCGCGGGCAACCAGCCGUGGCUACCGCUCGCCCCCACGCCAUCGGCUCUGAUGCCAGAGGGACUGCAAAGCCAAACUCGGACAAGUAGCAGUUGUCUGAGUUCCUGUGUGAAGGAAUCAACUUUGACAACGCCGAAGAAACUAGUGGUUGUGUCCGCUUCUGAGUGAGAGUCGGGUCCCUUUUUUUACUCCCACAGUUCUUCGUGACGCAGCGUGUGAAGAUCCUUGGGUCUUUCACGAGUCACACACUGGGAGCACCUGUCUUAAUUCUGUUAAGAUUACAGGAUUAGGUCACAGAACWGUUCCUGCUCACGAUAUGUGCAGGAACUGUGCAGCAACAUGUUAUCUUAAAAUGUCUGUUUUUACUCUGGAUGUUCAGGCUUUUGCAACCACUGCAUGUGCACUUAAAAAAAACAUAUAGUAGAUAUGUUUACUCAUUCUCACAGUAAUUACAACAAUGCCUUGCCUAACUUCCAAUAAGUCUURGCUUCUCAAAAUGCCACAAAAUGUAACAAGAUCAACUUGUGCAUUUUAUCGUGUUUUCACUGCAAACUGAACAUAGAGUACAAGAUAAAUGAAUAUUUUUAUAAAACAAAUCUACAUAUUUAUUAUAGAAAUAUUCUAAAAAUGGGAUCGCUGGUUAUUGAGAUUGUUUUGCAUUUUAUCUUGACAGAAUCAAAUCAAAAUGACCUUUGUUUUUCCCAGUGUUUUUGGAGCACUUUUGGUUUAUCAGCUGUUAUAAAAUAUGUUGAUCGAAGCUUUAAAAACCAGCAGCARGGAAUGAAACGUAUCAGUAAAAACGGUGGUAAUUGUGGACGUAAAGGCAAAAUCCAAAACAUGCUUCUUUUUGUGAACAGAUAUGCAAAAUGCUGACAUGCUUGUGAUUUGUGUGCAUGUCACCACAGUUCAUCAGUGUACUUUUUCUUUCAUGAAAAAAGUGUUUUCAAUUUAGUUUUUUAAAAAAAUGUUUAGUUGUUGAGUUUAUGUUUGAGUAUUGAUAAGUUAUUGUCCAGCUCAAAGCAGCCUUUUGUGCCUUUUAAGCAGACAAUAAAAGCUCAUUU